AGCAACCAUCAGUGCCACGGGACAGACCAGAAGAUGAAUGUCUGCAGGUUGCGCUUAACAGUACCACCUGAUGAAGGCUCACAGCCCGAGCAAGUAACGAAGGAACCUGAGAGAAGGAAAAAAGAACUCUAUCAUGUACCAAAUGGCAUGUCUUCAGGGAAGCUGUCUCACGGGAUGGUGUAUGGGGUUGUGCACCGAACUGACAACAACCAUCAGAGAGAAAUGGUGGUUUAUGGCUGGUCAGCAGAUCAGCUGAAAGAAGAGAUGAACUACAUUAAAGAAGUGAGAGCAACUCUGGAAAAAGUAAGAAAGAAAAUGUAUGGGGAAUAUGAUGAAAUGAAGCGAAAAAUACAGCAGCUUACCAAUGAACUCAAGGUGACAAACGCUCAUCAGGAAUCCUUAGAGAAUCAUGUGCGAGUGCAGGCUGCAGCCUUAGAUAGCUUCAGUGAAAUGAACAGCUCCUUGACAUCAGCUUCAAUAGACUUGCAGAAAACUCUAGUGGAUGUUACUUUGGAGAAUACUGAUAUAAGGGAACAAAUAAGGAAUUUAAAACAUACACAUGAGCAAUCUAUGGAAAAACUGAGAGAAAAACAAAAGCAACUCGAAACAGCACAAAUUGAAAAUCAGUUACUGAAAUUAAAGGUAGAAUCAUCGCAAGAAGCCAAUGCUGAAGUCAUGAGAGAAAUGACAAGAAAACUGUAUAGUCAGUAUGAGGAAAAAAUGCGAGAAGAGGAGAAGAAGCAUAAAGCUGAGAAAGAAAUCCUUCUAGAGGAAACAAAUCGACUUCUAAAGGCCAUUGAAGAGGCAAAUAAGAAGAUGCAGAUUACAGAAACGAGCAUCCAGGAGAAAGACCAGAGAAUUGGUGAGCUGGAUCGGCUGAUUGAACGUAUGGAAGAGGAGCGUCACCAGCUGCAAAAACAACUGGAACUAAAUGAAAUGCAAAUAUCUGGAGCAAAAUCUGAAACUAACUUGGACAGUGAGAGGUCACAGCAUCUGGAGGAGGUAGCAGCUAGCCUGCGAGAGCGAAUCAAGCAUCUGGAUGAUAUGGUUCACUGCCAACAGAAGAAAGUCAAGCACAUGGUUGAGGAGAUUGAAAUGCUAAGGAAGAAAGUAAAAGAAAAAGAAGUAUUUAUAAUACAGCUUUUAGAAAAAAUCUCUUUCUUAGAAUGUGAGAAUAAAGAAUUGCAAGAUAAAUUGGACUAUUUAAUGGAAAACCAACCAAAGACCAAUAUAGAAACCAGAGAUACUGGUGUAGGAUGUGAUCUUCCUUUCAGUGCAAAUAUUGAGGACAGAACAUCUCCUGAAAGUGCAAGGCCGGGGAGGACAUACACUCCAUUCAAGAGAGUCCUGGAGUACAGCACCAAGAACAGCACAUCCUGAGCAUUCAAGUCAGUGUGCUUUUUAAAUAUAAGCAAAUAUCUUGCACCUUCGCGGCUUGGUUAGAUAAUUUUUUAUCAAGCCAUAGAGAAGAACAGCAGCAUGGAAUCUUGCUAAUUUAUCCUGAAAGCAGCUUCUUAGUAACUUCUAUCUGAAGUUAUUACUGACAUUACCUGUGAGGAGGACAUGGAAGAAAUUGAAUGAAACAGCAGUCAAUAUUGCUUCUUUCAGAGAAGCUGUGUAGUGCAAUGUGUCAUUUCAAAUGCUAGUAAAGAAGGAAUAGCUGUACAGUAUUUUUUUUCCUUCAACUGUGUUGUAAUACUAUUUGUACAAUGAAGCUCUAAUAUAUUUUUUCACUACUACUAGAAGCAGAAAGUACCUGGCAACGGGCAUUAAUCUGGGA